AUGUACAAGUUCUUCGUUCUUGCUGCUCUUGUGGCUGUCACCAAAGCCGGUUACAUAGGUGCUCCCGCCGUAAGUUAUGCUGCCGCUCCCGCUUUCGGUUACGCCGCCCCAGCGGCCGUCGCCGCCCCCGCCAUCACGUCACAGCAAUCCAACAUCCUGAGGAGCUAUGGCAACCUGGGACAGGUGUCCACCUACUCCAAGACCAUCGACACCCCGUACUCCAGCGUCCGCAAGUCCGACGUCCGAGUCAGCAAUGACGCUCUUGCCUACCCUGCCGCCCCCGCUGUUGCUGCUUAUGCCGCCCCUGUAGCUUACCGUGGUGCUUAUGCUGCCCCCGUUGCUGCUGCUGCCCACGGUCUUCUGGGAGUGGCUUACUCUGCCGCCCCCGCUGUCGCUCACAUCUCCUACAGCAACGCGUACGGCAUCAACUAUGCCUACUAA